GCAGCAAGGGAAUGGGCGUGGCUGUGGCUGAAGGUGAUCCACGUAGCAUGGCUGACACGGGAACUGCAUGGAGGCCUCCUCGGGCGUGCGACGAUUACUGGAGCGAAUACAAGCACUGCAAAAGCCUCCUGCAUCGCUUUCACUGUUACUACACGCUGGGAGAGGCGCCCUCCUGUCAGCAGUGGAAAGCAGACUAUUACAGCUGCAGAGACUGGGAGAAGCACCAGACAACCGAGGCGAAGGAAGCUCUGCGUGAAAGUGAGCGUCACAGGGUUGCACAGCAGAAGCAGCACGCCCCUGUCUGGGAGCUGAGAAAGAAACCGCCCGCUGACUGGCACCUGCCUCUCGAGUACAGAGACCCAAAGGACUCGUGAGCAGCGUCCCGCUGGAGCAGGACUGAACUUCAGGCAGCCAAACGCUAACUUGGUGGAUAUAUUUUUUUAUUUUUUAUUUUUUUGCAACAGGAAUCUGACAAGCAAUCCUUUUUUUUUCCUUUAUAUUUAAUCCAGAAAAACAGACCAUACUAGACCAUCAUGUUAAUGCUACAUUACCUGUAGGUUUACAUUAGUUUGAAUUAAUUUCAGCGUCUUCUGUAACUCUUAUCUACUUGCCUGUUCUAGAACUGGAAUGGCAGGGUUAAUUAUUAGGAUCCUCCAAGUAACUUAAGGCUGUUUUUGUGUGAAAGCUCUACAUGUUGGGGGGAUAAACCCAAAAUAAUAAAAAUAUGCUAAAGACUC